AUGGCGGCGGGGCCUGGAGUAGUGAUGCAGCGCAGUCCUGCAACGGAGCUUUCUCACCCGGCUGCGCCGGCGGCGGGGCAACCUCUCGGGGAACGGCUGAAGACCGAAGAGGUCACCGAAUCUGAGAAGCAGAAUCGCAUGACUGCCUUGCUGGAGAGGCUUCACGCCAAACACAACGCGUCGCGGCCAUGGCAGGAGACCAGCAAGGUUGUGCGGCAAGCCAUGGAGAAACGUGGGAUGAUGAAUACUGGUGGUCACCAGCUGCUCCUCACCUGUUUGGAGACCCUGCAAAAGGCGCUCAAGGUCUCAUCUUUGCCCUCCAUGACUGAUCGUCUGGAGUCCAUAGCGAGACAAAACAUGCUGGGCUCCCACCUGAGCCCCUCUGGAACGGAGUGCUACAUCACGUCGGAUAUGUUUUACGUCGAGGUGCAACUGGAUGGCGCUGGUCAGCUUGUGGAUGUCAAAGUGGCUCAUCAGUGUGAAAAUCCCACUAGCUGCCCUGAGUUGAUUCAACAUCUGAGGGAAAAGAACUUUGAGGAGUUUUCCAAACAUCUUAAGGGGCUAGUUGAUCUUUACAAGCUCCCUGGAGACAAUAAACUGAAAACAAAGAUGUAUAUUGCCUUGCAGUCCCUGGAGCUGGAUCUCACCAAGAUGAUGCACAUGUUUCGGCUAGCGACCAAUGCCAAUGCCGUCGAGACGAUUCUACACGGCAACGUGGGCCUUCUGACAGCUAGGAGUGGCGGUCAUCUUGUCACUCUUCAGUGCUACGUUUCGCCAUAUGACAUUUUCGAGCAGGGAAUGGGCGUGCACAUAAACAUGGCGGAUGCCAACGUCCCAAGCACGUUGGGCAUUGGUGUUUCCGUCACCAUCGAGGGAACAGCCAAUACCUACAAGCUCCCCAUUGCGCCGCUCAUUACUGGAUCCCACGCAGUGGACAACAAGGGAACACCUUCCUUUUCCACGGUGACCAACUCCAACUGCGUGGACUUGCCGGCUUGUUUUUUCCUUAAGAUGAAUCGGCCAAUGCCGUUCUCUCUGUCCUUUAUUCUCAGAUUGGGAAAUGCUACAGCUAUCCCUGUGUUUGAAAACCCCCCCAACCUGUCUGCUCUCUACCAGCUUAUUGUCCAGAGUGAGCUUCAGAGCCCAGAGGAAGGGGGCACAACGCUGCCGCCCUCCCAUAGUAUGCACUUCUACUCUGUUCUACCAGACCAGCAGCACUGCUACUUCCUGAACGGCGACGCCCCGGUGCAGGACGGCCAUUCCCUGCAAGGUGCUCUGGUGAGCAAGAUCCCCUUCCGCCAUCCGGCUCAGGUGCCCCUCCUGCUGGACAUCAUUCGGCACCAGGCGGCCUACAACACAUUGAUAGGCAGCUGUGUGAAGCGAACGUUCAUUAAAGAAGACAAUAUUGGCUUGCUGCAAUUUGAGGUCUGCCCUCUCACCGACUCGAGCUUCAGUGUCUCGUUCCAGCAUCCUGUUAAUGAAUCCUUGGUCUGUGUGGUAAUGGACGUGAUUGACUCCAGACAGGUGUCCUGCAAACUAUAUAAGGGGCUUUCCGACGCAUUGAUCUGUAAUGACGACUUCAUCACUAAAGUGGUCCAGAGGUGUAUGUCCAUUCCUGUGACAAUGCGGGCCAUCCGGAGGAAAGCAGAGACAAUCCAGGCAGACACUCCGGCCCUGUCUUUGAUUGCACAGACUGUAGAGACCAUGGUAAAAAAUAACCCACCGCCAUCCGGCAGUCCCUCUUACAACAUUGCAGGCGGAGAUAUGGCAAACACAAUGGGCCUGUUGGGACUUACCGGGGGCAGCACACCCACCGGCGGAGGACCACCAGGUGGGCCUAAUUUUGCCGGGCCUAUCACGUCUCUGUUUGGGAUGUCUCGCAAUGAAAGACAGGGAUCCGAGUGCCAAGCCCAAGGUGGGCAACAACAGCAGGUGCAACAACAACAGCAGCAACAACAACAGCAGGGUCAAGGCCAUACGGAUGACUAUAGUAAAGUGACACAGAACCCAAUCCUGACCAGUCUUUUGCAGAUAACAGGAAGCGUAGGUUCCAGCCCUAGCUCCCAGAAUGCACCUCCGCCUCACCAGACUCCGCCGCCAACAUCGUCACCUGCUAGCAACACCAAGAAUCAUCCAAUGCUCAUGAAUUUAUUGAAAGACAACCCUUCGCAGGAGUUUGCCGCCCUCUAUGGUUCAAGCCCACUUGAGAGGCAGAAUUCUUCAUCCGGGUCACCUCGUACGGACAGUAUGGGAAGCUCCUGCCCAGGAGGAGUUGCAAAAGGCAAGAAGAAGCGACCACGAGUGCCAGAAAAGGGGGGGGUGCUGCCUGGGACUCCUGGUGCGGGUGCAGCGGCUGGCGGUGGCUUAGGCAUGAAAACUCAACAGCCAUGUUCCAUGCCACACCACCAGCACCACGCGGUUACGCAUGAGGACGAUUUCCACCGCGAGCUCCUCUCCAUGGACGUCGAUGCAUCUCAGAACUCAAUUUUUGACGUUAACUUGGCGGGAGAUGGGUUGGACACGCCCCACAGCAUAACUCCUGCCCCAAGCCAAUGUGGAACCCCACCCUCUGGUCCCAGCAUGCCUUAUCCGCCGUCUCACAUUCAGGCUCAGCCACCGACAGGCGCCGUACCACCCCGCAUGGUGCGCCUCUCCAGCUCUGACAGCAUCGGACCUGAUAUCACGGAAAUUCUAUCAGAUUUGCCUGAACAAACCGGUAAAAACGGCAGUGGAAGCCAGUGCGCAAUGGGUGGGAGCGGGGAAGACGCGGGCCCACUGGGGACGCCUAUUCGCGACUCCUCAAGUUCAGGACAGGGCAGCGCCGUGUUUGACUCAGCAGACAUAUUCAACACCAACAGCAAUGAGAACCCGUUUACAGAUGCUGCAGACUUGAUUGCUGAGGCCGCGGCCACACCAACCAGCGAUUCUUCCUCCACUAACUUCUUCCCCGACGCCGCUGACUUCAACCCUGAACUUUUAAACUCUGGUCACGGUCUCUCCCAGAACUGCUUUGAAGACAGUUCCCCGAGCGCUGAUGGAGACAUGGAUCUGGGCAAGGGUUUUGGCGGCAGCAGUCAGCAGAAUACGCCAUCAGGUACGCCUCAGAAUCCCACACCUCACGGACAAAACACCCCGGAACCCUCACUAAAAGACCCUUUUGACAUGGGAAUGUUUUUUGGAGGCAACAGCGGCACUGGCAAACCGCUUCUUGGGCAAGCUCCGGAUUUGGGAGAUACUCAUUUCGGGGGCUCCCAGAGUCCGCUCAUGAUGGCCAUGGGGUCGGUCGAUUUCAAAAGUACAGAGUCCAAAGCCAAACAACAGAGCCUCAUGCGCCAAAAGGAUGAAAAUGGCGGCAGUGGAAGUAGCGGAUCUGGAAUGGGAAGCAUUUCCGCAGAUGGUAAACAGGUGAAACGGAGCAGGACUCCAUCCAGUGAGGGGAAGUCCAAAGAUAAGCCGCCUAAACGGAAGAAAUUAGACCCAGACGGGAAGUCGCCCUCUCACAGCUCAGGCGGACGACCGUACACGCCUCCCAGCGGCGGCUCUGGCUCCGGGGGGAGUUUGAGCGGUGGAGGCUCCAAAUCCCCUGGAAGUACAGGCUGCUCCCAGACGCCACCCGGCGGGGCCACUCCUCCCAUUCCCAAGAUUACAAUUCAAAUACCUAAAGGCACAAUAACCGGCGGGAAGACCUCUUCCCAUAGCGGGUACACCUCUAGCAGCUCGGCCUCAAGCAGCACCGGCGGAACGGGGGGAACCAGCAGCAGCAAAAGCCACCAUUCCCAUUCCGUUUCUGGAAAGAUCAAGUCCAAGGAAGGCUCCAUGGCACAAGGCAGCAGCUCUAAGUCUGCAGGUGGUGCAGGGAUCAGUGGUGGUCCAUCCCAGUCAAAGGGUUCUUCACAAGGAAUGAGUUCCGGAAAACAGGGUUCAUCCCCAAUCACUAAGCAUGGACUUUCUGGUGCAGGAAGCAGCGGAGGUGGGGCUAGUAACAAGAUAAAAACUCAGGGCGGUAAGCCUCCUGGCUCCUUGAUGAAUCCCAGCAUUAAGCCAAACAUCUCCCCUUCCCACUCCCGCUCAAACAACUCUGGUGAAAAACUGUCUUCCCCUAUGAAAAUCCAGCAGUCCCAGGUGCCGGGAACACCGCCUUCCUCGAAAGCCAAAUCCCCAAUGGGCUCAGGAAGUGGCAGCUCCGGAGGGUCCAAGUCUUCCUCCAGUGGAGGUAUGAGCUCCCAAAAGCCAAUGGGAGGGACCUCUUCGGCUUCCACAUCCUCGUCCUCUAACUCCUCGUCUUCAUCUGGUUCCAUGGGCUUCUCCGGAAGCUCUCAGUCUCAAUAUAGUGGAGGAGGUGGCGGAGGUGGGGGCAGUGGAAGUGGCAGUGGUGGGAGCAGCGGUGGUGGGGGUGGCAGCGGUGGUGGGGCAUGUCAGAACAAUUCUAACAACCCAAAUGCCAAAGGAAAGAGUCCAAGUCGAAACAAGAAACCCUCUCUCACAGCGGUCAUUGACAAACUAAAAAGUGUGGGCGGUGUGGGGGAGGAUGGUUGUGAAGUCGGGCCGCCUGGGGGCCCAAGCGGAUCCGGGCCCCCGCCUGGCAGUGUCCCCAGCACCGUCCCUCCUUCAAACAUGGGUCCCGUCAAGCAUGCAACAUCCUCCCAAAGCGGGGAAUAUAAGCGGGAGAGGUCCGAUAAAGAAGGGAAGGCAAAAGUGUCUGUUUCAGGUGGGAACAGCGGUGAUAAAAAGCUAAUGGACCCUAAAAUGGGAGGCGUUAGCGGGACCGGCCUAGCCAAGAUCAUCAUCAGCAAACCCGACGGAGGCUCGCCCAGCAUUAAGGCCAAAGUCACCCUGCAGAAAGGCGGCGAAGGCCCCGGCGACUCCAUGCGGCCGCAGAUCAGCAGCCUGAAAGCCUCGCCCCUGUUCAGUGGCUCCACUCCCAAACACGACCGCUCUUCCCCGAGCCACAGCCGGUCACCAGGCCACACACCACUCAACCACGACAGCGAGAGUGAAUCGGGCAGCAGCUCUGUGGCCGAAAAGUCCCACCAGAACAGCCCCAGCUCCGAUGACGACCAGACACCGCGACAGCUCCCAGCGCAACAGGACUACAUGUGUGCCGUCCCGCUCGGCUCCGGUGAGAAACACAAGAAGCACAAAAAGGAGAAGAAGAAGAGGGAGCGCGAAAGGGAGCGCGACAAAGAGAAAAAGAAGUCUUCCAUGUCCUCCGGGCCGUCAUCGCAUCCCAUGAAGGCGGACAGCUGGUCUCGAUCUCCAAUCUCAGCCUCGGAUUCCUCUUUGUCGAUGCUGUCCUCUGAGCGGCCCUCGCGAUCCAGUCCCAUGUACAUAAGGAAUGAAGAUGACGAUCUCAUGGACUCAGCGCUCACUGGCAACCUUUAA